CAGUGAAAUCAGCUCAAAGUCAAAGAGAUUUUACUCGCCGUCUCCUAAUAGUAAGCAAAACACUUCACAAAAACGAUUUAGACGUAAACGUAAUUUAAAUGACAAUCAUGAGGACAAAUAUAGAACUGCUUUAAUCAAUUUGUGCGAUGAUAGCCAAACCAGUGUUGUCGAAGACGAACCCGUUGGGUUUGAAUACCCCAAUAUAGAACAAUACAUAUCACCGACACGGAAAUAUUUUGAUAAAGUUGAAACGGACGAGCAAAAGCUGCGAGUAACAAUUGAGGAGAAAGAGCAAGAUUUGUUGGAACUUGAAGAGAGUUACCGAAAACCUGAAGAUUUCAUUAAGUUGCCACUAAUGACUAUGUUCAUAUUGCCAUAA